AUGCACACCGAUGUUUCUUCAACUUCCGAGUACAAUCCGUUUAGACGGAACAAGACGGAACAAAGAAAUGAUGAUUUUUCCGGCUUGUCAAUCGGAUACAACAUCACUCAAUUCAAUUUUAAUGGCGAACACGCGCUUCCAAUACGUUCGAUCCUUCGAGCUUCCCGACCCCUUGCUCCUAAUACGCACCUCGUCUUGCGCAUAGAUGGGCACGCAUUCCAUAAAUUCUCGGAUGCUCAUGGAUUCCAGAAACCCAACGACGAACGAGCCCUAAAGCUCAUGGAUCACGCUGCGCAGACUGUGAUGGAAGAAUACCCGGAUAUUGUACUCGGAUUUGGCGAAAGCGACGAAUUUAGAUUCUCGGAUGCUCAUGGAUUCCAGAAACCCAACGACGAACGAGCCCUAAAGCUCAUGGAUCACGCUGCGCAGACUGUGAUGGAAGAAUACCCGGAUAUUGUACUCGGAUUGGCGAAAGCGAUGAAUUUAGUUUCCUAUUCAAGAAAUCGACGAAGCUUUACAAUCGGCGGCAAAGGACAGCAAGAUAGUAUCUAUGCUACCUCUCUCUUCACAUCUGCAUAUGUUUUCAAUUGGAAAACGCACUUCCCAGAUACCGAGCUCAAAUAUCCCCAUCAUUUGAUGGAAGAGCAGGCUGACACGCAUAUAAAUAACCUAUACAACACCACCUUUUGGGCCUUGGUCCAGGGAGGCGGAAUGACCGCCCGUGAGGCAGAGACGCGGCUCAAAGGAACCUUAUCCAAAGAUAAACACGAAAUCUUGUUCUCAAAUUAUGGGAUCAACUAUAAUGGCCUUCCAGAAACGAUCAAAAAGGGAAGUGUGCUUGUACGCGAGGUUAUACAAAGUGAAUCUCCUGAAGUGGCAAACCCGGAUAGACCAAAAGGGAACGUCAAUAUUGCCGAUAUCAGCGACCCUGCGAUAAGUUCUCAAAACGUGCAGGACAUCGCGAAAAACAAGCCAAAACGGGCACUGCCCAACAUUGUGCGCGUCAUUCAUGUGGAUAUCAUCAAGGAGGAAUUUUGGUCUGCUCGACCAGAGUUACUCGAUUCUUAA